UUGGCUUACGUGGUUGUUUUACAGACCACUGGGCACCCACGCCGACGAGAACAUAUCGUUUAUGUCCUCCAACGGCCCUGACCUUGAAGGAUUAAGUGACGGAGACAUCAGCGAAGACGAUAACGACGGCGGCGGCGGCGAAUUUGAAGACGAGGAUGCGAGUGGAUACGCAUCUCCCGCGAGCUCCUUACAGGGAAACUCCAGCGGCGACACCGGCGAGGGCACUCUAAGAAUGGCUUCAGCAUCUAACGCGGGAAAAUCGAAUGGAAAAAAAAGGGCCAACAGCAGUGACGGGCCGUCUGGGGGAGGGAGAUCGUCCGUCAAGAGUAAGAGAGCCAUGAGGUGCUUGUCUAAUGCCAACGAGGUCCUCGGUAGGAGGGCCACGAAGGAAAAGAAUCGGGAAGAGGAAUUGUCCGUACCAUGGAGGAAAGCAGACCAGAGAAAGGAAAAACUUGCCAACCUGGAAACGUUGGAGAAGCUGUAUCGCGAUAUGGGCAACGAGGCCAAGGCAAAAGAGUAUCUUAUGCAAAGGGUCGCUAUACUCGAGUCNGCGCGCAACCAUGCCAGGGCUAGAGGAGGUCCAGGAUCGGCAGCUACGACGGGUGCAGCUGCAAAGUAUUUUGCCUUACGCAGGGCUACGUCCAGCGGACCCGACGCUGCCGCUGCCGCUGCCGCCAACAAUGCCGCCAACAUUUUAGCGGUGGACAGUUCGGAUAGUGACGCGGAUGGUCGGGGCAAUGACGAGUUUGUUAUGGACAUCGACGGUGAAGGAUGUCACAAGGGAGCUUCCGUGGGCACUUCCGGCAGGGGCUGUGGGGGUGGCAGCGAGGGAGUGGGCGCUGCAGGCGGGCCGAAAAGGCCGCGGUGCAAUAAACACCUCGUUCGUGCAAAAUUAUGGUCCCUCAAGGAUGCGUCUGCUGCCGCGGGUGCUUCUCGUGCCGUCACAAACGGUGCUGGCGGAGUUGCUUCCGUGGGCGCUGCAGGCGGCGGCAUGGGUAUGAGGGACGGAACCAUGGCCGUUGGGGGUGUUGCUGCCGGCGGCGACAUGGGGGGGGCUCACGAAGCCUCUGCCGCAGGGGGUGCGUCUGCUGCCGCGGGUGCUUCUCGUGCCGUCACGAACGGUGCUGGCGGAGUUGCUUCCGUGGGCGCUGCAGGCGGCGGCAUGGGUAUGGGGGACGGAACCAUGGCCGUUGGGGGUGUUGCUGCCGCCGCGGGUGCGCAUCGAGCAAACACAAGAGCUCUUGCUUGGGAAGCCAUCACCAACGAAUUCCCCAACGGUGGCCAGGUGGCGGUUGCAGCUGCAGCGUACAUGGCAGCUAUCGCAGCCCAAUAACCAGCCAACUGACUCUAGGUUGACAGCAACACUUACGUGGAGCACAUUUGUGCGAGUUGUGCACGACGUGCUUCCUCGGGCGGUGGUUUUGUCGAAGGAAAGAAAAAUGUUGCGGCUAUAUUCGUGUACUUAUGUUGAGCCGCGGUGAUCGUCAAUGGCUUCACUUGAAACGCCUGCUGUGCGAAGUGUUCAAGUACGUGUUAGGAGGUCGAGCGAGAAGGAAAACAUAUAGAAUCUCUCUCUCUUUUUUUUUUUUGGCAAUGGCAAGGGGAUGGCUUCCACCGCACAGAAUUACCGGUGGUCCAAAUGACCUGAAUACUCCUACCUCUCUGCAUGGAGUACUAUUCAACGGUAACGUUUUCUCCAACGUUGGACACUUUUGUUUUCGACCGAAAUGUCGCGCAAAGCUGUUAGGAUUUCAGAGAUGGGUAACCACCUCCUGCCUAUGUAGUCUCUGCGGGAGAGGGUUCCCCCUAUUUUCUGGUGAGGAAUGUCGAGGAUUCAGUGCUUCCGACUCGUGUCGGUACAUUGCUUGCCAGUAGGUUAAUGGUUUGUUGUGGGAAGCUUGUUGGUGAUUGAUGCACUUGUUAUUGUGCACAGUAUUGUUAAUGAACCGGCGUUUACCGGCUGGUGGUGAGUAACGUCAACAUUUACGCAGUUGGGUACUUCUGCCGUACGUAUUCCAAAGGAAGGUUGAUCCCAUGUCGAUGUUUCCUGAGA